AUCGGCAAGCAUGCCUACGUCGACAUGGGAGGCAGCCGGCCGGUUGUCGCCGCGGCAUACUCGGUUCACUUCCACCCACCCUGCGAGCAGCUAGUCGUACGCACCGACGCCUCGCUCUUUGGAUGGGGUGCAUCACUAUUAUUUUGCCGGUACGGCACCGGCUAUCCGUUUGGCCUUUAUGUGCCACAAACGGAGUACAGGUAUCCUUGGUGCGACCGUUGCGACGGAGGACCAGGAGGACGCGGGUGCUCUACUGGUGGUGGUCAUAUCUGAUUCCGCGAUCAAAGGCAUCCUGCACGUCGUGCACGGGAUCACCGCGCACGCACGGGUCCCGUGCUUCGUCUUCGCUCUCCGUUGCAUCUCCUGGUUCCCAUCUUUGGCGGCGAAAGUGGCUGACUUCAAGCGCCAUUGUAAAGAGUGCCGAGCCUUCCGCAGCGUGGGGCCGUCGGGGGCACCGACGGGAAUUCGCGAGCCGGCGGGUGUGGACGAACGUGUCCAUGAUCCACGUACGCGUUGGCCCUACCGACGCAGCGCCCGCGAAAAGCCUUAUCACCCUGGUAGACCAUGUAUCGGGGUACAUCGCCGCCGGUGCGGUCGAUUUCCGCUCAGCGCAUGACACGGCCGCCGCGCAGCACGCUCUUUGACUCUGACCAUACGGUCCGCCCGCGGCUUUGACUUACAAUAGCGCGGUGGAGCUCAAGAGCAAGGUCGUCGCUCACUAUUUGCGCGUUCAAGACUGCAAGCUCGUGCGCUCUGAAUAUCUGCAAUCCGAG